GUUCACGGUAGUCAUGUUUUGUAAUUAAGUGCUCGACGUUCUAUGUUUUAGUUAUGUGAAAAACAUGUUAUGGAGCUUUGUUUGGAAAGGAUAAUUUUUUUAAUGGUUUGUUGAAUUAUUCACGAAGUGCUGGAGGAAUCUGUCGAUCUAUUAAGUUGAAUUAGGAAGCGCAUUUAUUUGUGUUAAUAGCUUCAAUCAAGCACCAAACUCCACUUGACAAUAUUUAUUUAACAGUACAGACGUUUAUCCUCCAUUAUGUGGGAUGUUGAGAUUAGGGGCAUGGCAUCAGCCCAUGUCAUCAUUGCGUCAUCCAUCUUUAUGGCAACUGUAAUGCCAGCUGUGUUGGUGGAAAACUUCUCUGUUUAUGGGACUCACAUGGUUUGGCUGUAUUGUGUGGCCGGAUUUGUUGCUGUUGUCAACAUUGUGGUGUUUUGGCUUCUAGGCAUCAGCCCAUCAACAAAGAAGAACACGCUGAGCUUCAAGAUCAAUAGAUUGUUCAGAUCCUGUCUGUACUUUCUACUGUCAUGCCUCUUUUUCCAUACUGUGAUUGUAUUGUAUGGCGUACCUCUACUAGAGUCUGCCCUGGAGACAUUUUCUCUGGCUGUGCUGCUGUCCACCUUUACUACAUUAAGAUGUUUGUGCGUACUGGGCCCUAAUGUACAAGCUUGGAUCCGGGUUUUCAGCAGAGAUGGAGCGAUGUCAGUGUGGGACACCUCGCUUCAGAUUACAACUAGUUGUAGUGUGAUUGGAGCCUGGCUUGGAGCUUUUCCUAUUCCUCUUGAUUGGGACAGACCCUGGCAGGUUUGGCCCAUCUCCUGUACCCUUGGCGCAACAACUGGAUUUCUGACUGGCCUCCUCGCUGCUCCUGUCUGGAUACAUUGGCACCGCAAACAGCUCACCUACAAGCUUAAGUGAGCAACAGAAGGGCUCAAAGUCACAGGCCAC